GUUCCCUUGGUAUAAAUGCAAUUGCGCUGAGCACUAAGAGUCAUAGUCUGAUAUAUAACUUGAAACCAUAAACAGCGAUUUGGAUAUAAAGAAGUCUUACGGUCAAAAUGAGUUUAAGAGGAAAAGUCGUGAUCAUAACCGGGUCAAGUAGUGGAAUUGGGGCCGAUGCAGCUCGUCAUCUGGCAAAAUUGGGAGCAAAAGUGUCGAUUGUUGGACGAAAUGAGAAACGAGUGAGUGAAGUGGUCGAUCAAAUAAAGAAAUCUGGUGCACCAACACCACUUCCGAUCGUGACCGAUGUGACAAAAGACGCGCAACGCAUUAUCGAUGAAACUAUCGAGCAUUUUGGUCGACUUGACGUUCUUGUAAACAGUGCAGGCGCCUUUGGAGCAGAUAGCGUGGCAUAUUUUGAUGUUGAAAAGUUUGAUAGUAUUUUAGAUACAAACGUGAGGAGUGUUAUUAUUCUAACGAAUUUGGCGGUGCCUCACUUGGAAAAGACAAAAGGAAAUAUCAUUAAUGUUUCCAGCGUUUGUGGAUUACGGCCAUUUGAUUACAUGACGUCAUACUGUAUUAGCAAAGCUGGAUUGGAUCAGUUCACAAAAUGCUCCGCGAUAGCAUUGGCUCCGAAGGGAAUACGAGUGAAUUCGAUAAAUCCAGCCACAAUCCGUACCCCAAUUUUUGAACAGAUUGGAAUCAAUGAAUCGAAUGAAAAUCAAUUCUACGAAGAUCGUAAACAUGAAUUUUUAGUGGACAGAGUUGGCGAGGUUUCGGAUACGAGUUCAGCCAUCGCUUACUUGGCUUCGGAAACAUUCUUGACUGGUGUGCUUCUGCCAAUUGAUGGUGGCCUGACGUGCGCGGGCAUUCGAAGUGAAUUAAACCGAUUUACCUUCUGAUUUCAAUGUAAUUUUAAAAUACAUGUGAAUAAAGAAAUAAGAAAAUAACUUCUUCUUUUUUUAUAUUUUUGUAACAA